AUGUCGAGGAAUACAAACAUAUUAAACACGUACAAUUUUGUAAGUACCUCAAAUGGACAUGGACCGUUUGAUAGCACACAGUAUCGUCUUAUUAUACGACAACAGCCAAAACAGGCUCGACUGUAUCGAAGACCCGUUGAUCCUCCUCCAAUCAUUCAACUCAAAGUAGAUUGUUAUGGAGAUGAAGCACAAAAUUACCUUCAGAGUCCAUACUAUUUUAUGUGUGCAAAUCUUGUUCAUCCCUCUAGUAAUAGUGAACAUUUUGCAAUUUCAUCCAAAUUUCUCGCUGGUACUUUAGUUUCUUCUCUUCACAAACUUAAAGACAUUGAUAAUUCUGAUGGUGGUUUUUUUGUGUUUGGUGACAUAUCUGUACGAGUUGAAGGUCGUUAUCGUUUACAAUUUAGUUUAUUCGAAAUCAUCAAGAAUGAGGUCGUUCACAUACAAUCGAUCUUAUCUGAUGUAUUUGACGUAUAUUCCCCCAAAACAUUUCCUGGAAUGUCUGAAUCAACUUUUUUAUCAAGAUCAUUUUCUGAUCAAGGUGUUAGAAUAAGAAUACGCAAAGAACACCGGAUUCAAAUGAAACAACCGCAGCCUAGUAGGCAUUCCGACAGCGCAGAAGGUGAUAAAGAUAAUGAUAUAAAUGACGGUUCAGAUAUGACUGAAAUUUCGAGAAAGAGAAGCAUAAAUUUGUCUUCUGCGACAUCUCCGUUGGAUGUACAACCUAAUGAUACUUCAUGUUAUUCGCAACGUCCCUCGCCGAUGAUUGAUAGAAAUGUUGAUUAUUCCUUUCACUAUCCUCUACCGAAUAAUAACCAUCAUUAUGAACCUGGCUCAUCUAGUGCAAAUAAUACUCAACCUAUACAACGAGAAUACAGAUGCAAUUGUUCUUCAUGUGUUCAUUAUGAAUUUAAGCGUGAACCUUUUCAGGAUGACCCUAUUUUUACUCGUUUAAAUUCUCUUGGCAUGUCCCAUGAUGCUGAUGGCUAUCCGAAACGUCGAAGAUUAUCCAAUUCAGAAAAGACGUCUUAUGAUUAUAGGACAACGUUACCACCAUUAAUAGAACAUCCUAACUUUCUCUCGAAUACACAUGAUCGAUCUAUUUGUUCUGAUGAUAUAUCUGAUCAUUCAUCCAAAAGUACUGCCUUAAAUUGUUUCACGAAAGCACCAAUGUCUUCUCAACUAUCUCCUGUUUAUCCAUCUUACCGUUCCGAUUCUCAAUUACCUCUCCCAAAAAUAUCACCAACAAGAUCCCACACAUUACCUCCAUCAUUUAUCAGCUCGCAACAACAUCGUCAAUUACCAACUCCACGGACAUCAAUCGAUGUUCCUCCAUUGACGCAAUAUCCUAGACCAUCUUUUGAUAGUUACAAAGACAAUUUUAGCAGUAACACUAGUGAGAAUAAUA